GGGGCCAUGUCCCUCAUCCCGUGGCUCCGAUGGAAUGAGGCCCCGCCCCGGCUGUCCUCCCGGAGCCCCGCUGAGAUGGUGCUGGAGACACUCAUGAUGGAGCUGACUGGGCAGAUGCGAGAGGCAGAAAGGCAGCAGCGUGAGCGCAGCAACGCGGUCAGGAAGAUCUGCACCGGUGUUGACUACAGCUGGCUGGCCAGCACACCCCGGCCCACCUACGACCUCAGUCCUGGUGAGCGACUGCAGCUGGAGGAUGUCUGCGCCAAGAUCCACCCUUCCUACUGUGGGCCUGCCAUCCUUAGGUUCCGGCAGCUGCUGGCGGAGCACGAGCCAGAGGUACAGGAGGUGUCCCGGCUGUUCCGCUCGGUGCUGCAGGAGGUCCUGGAGAGGAUGAAGCAGGAGGAGGAGGCCCACAAGCUGACGCGCCAGUGGAGCCUGCGGCCGCGCGGCAGCCUGGCCACCUUCAAGACCCGCGCGCGCAUCUCGCCCUUCGCCAGCGACAUCCGCACCAUCUCCGAGGACGUGGAGCGCGACGCGCCGCCGCCGCCCCGCACCUGGAGCAUGCCGGAGUUCCGCGCGCCCAAGGCCGACUGAC